AUGCCUUUGACUUGGUUUAGAUUCAAAACGUUUAAGCGAACCAUCUUCUUGUUGCCGCACCAUGUAAAUGUUACAACUCUUUUACUUGAUAAAUUGGCUGAAGCUGCAAUGAUUGUUUUGUUGACAGUUGCUUCUCAUCUUCAGACCGGACAUGAUAGCAUCGAAGAUGCAAGAGCUGCUAUGGAUUUGUCUCUGUUAAAGAUUAGAAAUGGACCUGAUUUUGGUUCGCCACCAUUCUUUAUGCGCAGAAAGCUCCUUACUCUUUUGGGUGAGUGUGGCAAGACCUCCUCUUUCAUUGAUGAUAUUUCCAUAGUCAAGCGAUAUGCUUCCGAGUCAUCCCAUGCAAUCCCGGUUUGCUCUGAUGAUGAAGCACUUUUAAAGGCUAGAAAAGAGGUCAAGAACGAUCGUGUACACUUUGUCUGGACACAGUUUUCCGAACUGAACUCCUAUUUCAGAAAGCAAGUCGAGGAUGAUUUUAGAAAACUUCAAAUCUUAUAUUAA